GAGAGAGAGAGGCAGAGAGAGAGAGGCAGAGAGAGAGAGAGAGAGGCAGGCUGCUGGGAGGAGUGACUGAGAGCGAAGCAGGCAAGAAGAAACAAGGAACACAUUUUAGAAGAGCAGGAAAAGGGAGGAUCGCAGACAGGAGACUCUCUGGAUUGUCUGUCUGUUGGGCACCUGGGACACUGUCAUUGCGCUUCUCAUUAUAUUUUUUUCUCUCUUUUCCUCUGAAACAGUGGACCGGUGGAGAUUCCUUUUUUUCUUGGUGCCAUAUCAAUUAGGAGCUGGGAUUGUUUCUGUGUAAUCUGCUCUUCUCUGGCUGAACUGUUACACACUGAGAUUGCUCCUGCCUGAUACUGACUCUUCCCAAAGUGUAUCUGUUAGCACGCCGCUGAGGAUAUAUCCUGUGUCCGACAGUACAACACAGAGCAGCUGGGAUAUCAGACUACAGAGGAGAGAAAGAGAGAGAGAGAGAGAGAGAGCAGCCGAUUGAGCGACAGAGAGUGUGAGAGAGGUUGAAGCCGAGGAGCGAGGUAAGCUAUAGCAAGACAGCUUAAAUAGAAAAGUGAUCUAUCUAUCCUCCCCCUUUUCCUUGUCUUUCCUUUUCUCCUCUCCCACACUGUCCUGUGCCAGCAAUUUGUUCGCAGGACUGCCUAAAGCCACUGCCACCUGCUCCUCCUCAUCCUUCUCCUCUUCCCCCUCUACCUCUCUUCUCACGCGUUACUAUCCGACACCAGCCAGUGAGGGACAGACAGGACACGCAGCAGCUUCCGUUUGUAACACUCCAGGAGAUUUAACUAAAAGGCGUCGUCAGGCAGGAGCUACCCCACAGAGGCAACCCCUCUCCCCAGCCACUCUCUGUCAGACGAACCCUGCCUGCUCCGGAGGACCAGCAGUGAUACAAGACACCAGUGUGGACGGGGGAAAAAAAGGGACCUACAGUCAGAGAGCCGAGCCCCAGUACUACUAACGCUCGUCCUCCACCUCCGCGCAACCAUUCCCUGCCACGGCGCUAAGGAUUCCAGCUACAUGGGCAAGCGAUUGGAACAGCAACCAAUGUACCCUCAGUACACAUACUACUACCCCCACUACCUCCAGACCAAGCAGCCCUAUGCUCCACCCCUCCACCCCAUGGCUCCGCCCAGCCCCAGCCACAACAGCUGCAGUCACGGCGGAUCCGAGCUGCUGAGUAAAACUAACCUGUACAUUCGAGGCCUGCCCCCGGGGACCACGGACCAGGAUCUCAUCAAGCUCUGCCAACCAUAUGGAAAAAUUGUGUCAACCAAGGCGAUCCUGGACAAGAACACCAACCAAUGCAAAGGAUAUGGCUUCGUGGACUUUGAUAGCCCAGCUGCAGCACAAAAGGCAGUGUCGUCUCUCAAAGCCACCGGGGUGCAGGCUCAAAUGGCUAAGCAACAGGAGCAGGACCCCACCAACCUGUACAUCUCCAACCUGCCUGUGUCCAUGGAUGAGCAGGAGCUGGAGAACAUGCUGAAGCCGUUCGGUCACGUCAUCUCCACGCGAAUCCUGAGGGACGCCAACGGGGUCAGCAGAGGGGUCGGCUUCGCCAGGAUGGAGUCGACGGAGAAAUGUGAAGUGGUGAUACAGCAUUUCAAUGGGAAAUACCUGAAAACCCCACCAGGCAUUCCAGCCCCCAAUGAACCUUACUGUUGCAAAUUCGCUGAUGGAGGGCAGAAGAAACCGCCAGAGCCAGAGGCAAGUACCCGAAGAGGGCGUCCCGUUCCGAGAGAGAGAGAGACUGGUAUGCAGUUAACAUAUGAUCCUGCUGCUAUGCAGAACGGGUUCUACUCCUCGCCUUACAGUAUCGCCACCAACCGCAUGAUCGCACAGACAUCCAUUACGCCCUUCAUCGCUGCUUCCCCCGUCUCCACAUAUCAGGUCCAGAGUACAUCAUGGAUGCCUCAUCAACAAUACGUUAUGCAACCUACAGGUGCAGUGAUCACCCCAGCCAUGGACCACACCAUGUCCAUGCAGCCUGCCAACAUGAUGGGCCCGCUCUCCCAGCAGAUGAACCAUCUGUCCCUGGGCACUACAGGAAGUUACAUGACUGCUGCGGCUGCCGGGGCGUCUAUGCAAGGGACCUACAUUCCUCAGUACACGCCUGUGCCUCAGACAGCCGUCCCCGUUGAAGGAGUGGUCACGGAUGCCUCUCCUCAGUCAGUGGCCCCCUCGUCGCAUGACGUGAGUGGGCAGCAGCAUCAGAUCCAGGUGGACGGGUCCAGCGACCAUGUUGCUUACUCAUACCAGUCCAAGUGA